AUGCGUGGCGAGGAGACGGAUGGAUCAAAAUUCCAGCACCGUCUCGAUCGGCCUCUACUUCCUCCCGUCAGGUUUGGCAUGGACACUCCUCCCAACAGCGCGUUGCACCAGAAACCAGACGAUGGCGAGAUUCCCAUGGGCGCCUCACCAACUCCAAUACCCGGGGCGUCGAAGACGCUUGAUGCUUCUUUUUCGUGCCAGACUUGGUCCGAGUCCUCUGCCGUGCUGGAAAUAUUUGUCAUGACGAGAGAGGCCGUGCUGACCAUGCCGAGAUCUCCCUGA